AUGGACGCCCCUACCGGGAUCUGGUGCGCCAAGUGCCAGCAUCCUAUCCCGACGGAGGUUAUCAAGGUCCCCAAGCCUGGCCUUCUCUGUUUCGGCUGCAAAGUGCAGAGCGAAACCGAACGCAACUCGGUCAAGGGAUCUCAGUGGAGUUACAUCCUGAACCACUGGCAUGCCGAGGCUGCACGUGUCUAUAACUGGCUUCGCAACGAGUUCCAUUCCACCGAACUCUUGACUUGUCUCUGUACCUUGGCCAAGUACUACAACUUCAACGAUAUCGUUCCCAUGGUGAACAGCAUGGCCAUGGAGCGCCUUCGCCACAAGUCGACUCCGGGCGUCUAUGUCCGUCACGUCAUAGAGUCCGACUUCCACGACGCUCUUGCGCUAGCCAAGAAGUGGAAGUUCAGACCUAUGGGUGCCGAGGCCCUCACGUGUGUGGAGUUGAUGUGCUUCCACUUGUCCUACGAUCAGUGCGGCUUCAUCAUGGACAACCCCGACGCUCCCCGCUACUCGUACAACGUGGGCGCUUGCAAGGAUGGCCAGAACUGCAAGAACGUCCUGCCCGCCGAGGACCGUAUCGUGGUCACUGAAGCCUACCGACUUCGCAAGGGUUGCGACAUGGUCUUCGCACAUUACGAAGAGUAG